AUUCGAGGUUUCCCCAUCUUCUCUACAAUCUCAUCGCUCCCCAUCUCCGGAAUCUAGGGUUAGGGUUUCUCUCCAGUUUUCAUCAAUUUUCAGACCGGGAAAGAUGAGUUCAGCUGCCGCAACAACCAAGGGAGGCCGCGGGAAGGCUAAGGCGACGAAAUCAGUUUCCAGAUCUUCCAAGGCCGGAUUGCAGUUCCCCGUCGGGAGAAUCGCAAGGUUUCUAAAAGCCGGCAAGUACGCUGAACGAGUUGGCGCCGGAGCUCCCGUCUAUCUCUCUGCCGUCCUCGAGUACCUCGCCGCCGAGGUUUUGGAGCUCGCGGGGAACGCCGCAAGGGACAACAAGAAAAACAGAAUCGUUCCUAGGCACAUCCAGCUGGCGGUGAGGAAUGACGAGGAGCUGAGCAAGCUUCUCGGAUCGGUAACCAUUGCAAACGGCGGUGUUCUACCAAACAUUCACCAGACUCUUCUCCCGAAGAAGGCUGGUGGAAAAGGGGACAUUGGAUCUGCUUCUCAGGAGUUUUGAGCAUCUUACAAGCUCUAAUCAAAAGCAUCUGUAUUUUUUGGCUUCUAGGUUUUUCGGAUGGAUUUUGAUCAAACAGUUCUGUGAUAUAUAAGAGCUCGAAGUUUCUUCUCCCCUGAAAGUGUCUUAGUUGAAUGUUAAAAUCGAAGGUUGCUUUCAAUUGCAUUGGUGCAGAACCCUAUUGAUUGC